GGCGGCGGCGGCGAGCGGCGGGGGGGUCGGCAGCCCCGAGCUGAGCCCCGACCCCAUCCCACCCGGUGGCAGCAGCAGCCGCCCGCCCGCCGCAUGUCGGGUCCCGGGGCGCAGAGCCGCAACCGGCGGCUGCCCGCCGACAUGGAGCAGGCACAACGGAGCCUGGAUGCAGAGCAGAUGCAGCAGCAGCAGCUGAAACUACGGGACCGGCAGAAGUUCUUUGAGGAGGUUUUCCAGCAUGACGUGGAUUUCUUCUUCCCUAUGUCUCACCUGCAGAUAGAGCAUCGGAGACCCCCCUUAGGCAGCAUUUCCUCCAUGGAGGUGAACGUGGACAUGCUGGAGCAGAUGGACAUGAUGGACCUGUCAGACCAGGACACCGUGGACGUGUUUCUGGGCUGUGGGACAGAGGAGAGCAGCAUUGCUGGACCCCUGCCAGGGGCAGAUGCCAGCCAGUGCCCAGAGGAAAUCACCCUCCAAGUGCCCAGUGCAGCCGAGAGCAAGUCACGCAUUUCCUCCACGUCCUCAGUCUCCACGGAUCUGAACAGCCUGGACACCAGCGAGGAGGGGGCCGAGACCCCUGUGGUGCAGUCGGAUGAGGAGGACCUGCAGGAGGACAGUCCCAAAGAGCAGGUGGCAAGAAGCUAGCAGCUAGCUCUGCCCCACUCCCAGCCUCCUCCGUACGGACCUUCCAGCCCAGAGGAAGGAAAGCUGCUGGCACUCAGUAAACCCCAUCCUGGACUGCUGCCCUGCAGGAGGAGAGAGGUGGUUUUCCCCUCCUCUCCCUUCGCAGGUUCUCCUGGCAGCCAAAGGAGAAGGAAAGGGGUAUUGUAGGCUCCCAAAAUUAACUCCUCAGGCUUUGCUGCUAACACUCCCUGCUUCACCCCCCCAAAAUGCUCAGCAUCCCACAGCCCUCCCAUUCCCAGAAAGCCAUUCCUUGGGAUCCCAGCUCCCCAUGUCCCACUGACAAAGGUCCUGUCCAGACAAGCACUUAACAAUGGCAUACAGAGAAAUAACACUCCGAUCUAAACAA